UGGUUAUGAGUUGCAUCAUGUUCUCAUUUAAUGACUUUGAUCACCACUCUUUUUUCCCCUAAAAACUGUAAAUUUCUCACCAAAUUUUAACAGGUUUAUUCUGCAUAAUGAGUUCCAAAUUCUAGAAAUAUGUUCGGCCUGUCAUCAUCCGAUUUUGGGUCAGUAUUUUCUGGUACUUGAAUGCCGUCCGUACCAUCCUCAGUGCUUGCGUUGCGUUCUAUGUCACUGUACAUUAUCGUCUGAGACGACGUGUUUUGUGAGGGAUGGACUGGUACUGUGUCGUCGCGACUACAAGAAGUUCCGCAAGUCAUGUGCCAAGUGUAGAUUGGUUCUGGAAUGUGACGACGUUGUGAUGCGAGCGCGCGACGCAUUCUUUCAUGUGCACUGCUUUUCAUGCGUUGUGGUUAUAGGUUUGUGGCAUUCCGCUCAACGUCGUUGCUUAGAUUAUGCUGAAGAUGAACAGCCAACACAUAGUCGAUCAAAGCGAAUGCGUACUUCAUUCAAGCACCACCAGUUACGAACAAUGAAGCAGUACUUUAAUCUUAACCACAAUCCUGAUGCGAAAGAUCUCAAACAGUUGGCACAAAAAACUGGGUUGACAAAGCGUGUCUUACAGGUGUGGUUCCAAAACGCCCGAGCAAAGUUCCGACGCUCCAUGCAUGGCAACGAAGGAGCAAGCAUUUCGCCGUUGACCAUUGUGUCAUCGGGCAUGCAUGACUGUCAGGAAACUUUUUGUAGCGAAUACCUGGGAAGGUCUAAGUACGGCUACCUUUAUAAUUCAUGCUUAACAAACAUUUAA